UCAUGAUGUUAAGAUUUAAACAUCUCUUGUUUAGCUUCUUGGUACUCACUUUAUCUUUAUCCCCGGAUGUUUCUGACGCUAGACCAGGCCGAAGCAACCAGUGCGGCCCUUCUAUGUGUGGAAACGUUGAAAUCAGGAGGCCUUUUCGACUAAAAGGUCAACCUCACAAGUGCGGUCACAAAAGUAUUGAACUUGAGUGCAUGAGAAACCGAAUCAGUCUGCCCAUGAAAUAUGGGAAAUUUUAUGUCCUAGACAUCUCUUAUGUUAACAAAACGCUUCGACUCGUGGAUGCGAGUCUGGUCGACGUUAACUGCUCGAUUCCUCACAGUUCCUUCGUAACGAACAAUUAUCUUGUAGACAUGAUAAGUUGGUAUCCAAGUCACAUCAUGUAUCUCGUGAAUUGCACGACAAAGAUGAACUCUUCAGUUUAUGUUGAUGCUUCUCGUUGCCGAGCCAAUAGCUCUUCCUCGCCAUGGACCUACUUCUACUUUUCGGGCGCCUAUUCAAACAUAUCCGAUUUCCACCAGUCGUGCAGAUUUGUAGCCCAGUUCCCGUUCAUGCUUUCUAAUAUCAGUGGCUUAUCCACUUUUGAUAUUUACAGAAACCUGUUGAAAGGCGUCGAGGUGUCAUGGUAUAAACUCGACUUUUGGCCUUCAAACCCGAUUCUCAAAGUAUUGCUAAAGUUGGCGAUAAAUCUGGUAACUCUAAUUAUUGCAUAUAUACAAAACGAUCUGGCCUUUAUUCUUCCGGGAAACUUCAGCCAAUAUGUUUCCUAUGGAAAAGGAGGCUACCUUAUUUGUCUUGCAAUAUCAGGCAUACUAUUAGCAAGAACUUUGCUGGGAAUAUUUUGUUUGAUUGCACUUGUUACACACAAGUGUAGGAGAAGACAUUUAUCAAUGGAUGACACCAUUGAAAACUUUCUUCAAAGUCAAAAUAAUUUCAUGCCUAUUCGAUAUUCUUACCAUGAAAUAAAAAGAAUGACAGAAGGUUUCAAAGUAAAAUUAGGCCAAGGAGGGUUCGGUUCUGUGUUCAAAGGAAAGCUUCGUAGUGGUCGGUUUGUUGCAGUAAAAAUGCUAGGCAAAUCCAAAGCAAAUGGAGAAGAUUUCAUCAGUGAAGUUGCGACAAUCGGAAGGAUUCAUCACAUGAACGUAGUGCAACUCAUUGGAUUCUGUGUAGAGGGAUCGAAACAAGCUCUUGUAUAUGAUUUCAUGGUGAAUGGAUCUUUAGACAAAAUCAUAUUUUCAAAGGAAACUUGCAGUUUAAAUUGGCCAAACCUGCUGGAGAUUGCACUCGGUGUGGCUCGAGGGAUCGACUACUUGCACAAAGGAUGCCAAAUGCAGAUUCUACAUUUCGACAUAAAACCACACAACAUUCUUCUGGAUGAAAACUUUGUCCCUAAAGUAUCUGAUUUUGGGCUUGCAAAACUAUAUUCAGUGGACGACAGUAUCAUCUCUCUCACAGCAGCUCGUGGUACAUUAGGAUACAUUGCUCCUGAGUUGUUCUACAAAAACAUUGGGGGCAUCUCAUACAAAGCUGAUGUUUAUAGUUUCGGGAUGUUAUUAAUGGAGAUGGUGGGAAGAAGAAAGAAUCUGAAUGUAUCGGUUGAACAUCUGAGUCAAAUUUAUUUUCCAUCAUGGAUAUAUGAUCGAUUUGAUCAAGGGGAGAGCAUGGGGUUAGGAGAUGUGACUGAAGUUGAUGAACAGAUUGCGAGGAAAAUGAUCAUGGCUGCAUUCUGGUGCAUACAAAUGAUACCCCUUAACCGUCCUUCGAUGAACAAAGUGUUGGAAAUGCUUGAAAAUGGAGUUGAGCAGCUUGAGUUGCCUCCCAAACCUUUUCUGUUUUCUCUCCAAAUGUCGACUGAAGAUCAUACUGAGAAUAACGCCAUGGAUGAGGCAACAACGUCGAAAUGUUCUGUCGACCUGUAACUGUAAUGUUUUAUU